CUAGCGGAGGAGGAGGAGGAGGACGGGGUCUCGGGGGAAGCUCCUCGCAUUGGGUGUUGUCUUCUUCUUGGAGUGUGGAGCCGUGCCGUUCGUUUCGUCGCCGUCCCGUUAAGUCAAGUCGUCUGCCAAAUCUCUGUCAGCAUGGGCGUCGAGGGCUGCACCAAAUGCAUCAAGUACCUGCUCUUCUUCUGCAACUUCAUCUUCUGGCUGGCCGGCUGCGUGAUUUUGGGCGUGGCCCUGUGGCUGCGUCACGACCCGCAGACCAGCAGCCUGCUGGAGAUCAACUUUGAGGGACAGCAGGCGCCCGGCACCUUCUACAUCAGCGUGCACAUUCUGAUUGCGGUGGGCGCGGUGAUGAUGGUGGUGGGUUUCCUGGGAUGCUAUGGCGCCAUCCAAGAGUCGCAAUGCCUACUGGGAACGUUCUUUGCCUGCCUGGUCAUCCUGUUUGCCUGCGAAGUGGCUGCCGGAAUCUGGGGCUUCAUGCACAAAGACACCGUUUCCAAGGAGAUGAUCAACUUCUACGACUCCAUCUACGACAAAGCCAUGACGCAGAGCGUCACCGCUGACUCGGAGAAGAAGAAGGCAGCGGCCUCCGUGCUCAAAGUUUUUCACGAGACGCUGAGCUGCUGCGGCAAAGGUCAAGGCACGUCUAUUCUGACGCAAUUCACCGACAUGCUGGGCGUCACCGACCUCUGUCCUAGCUCCGGAACCUCCAUCAGCUGCCACACCCGCAUCACCGAGCUGUUCUCCGACAAAAUCUACCUGAUCGGCAUCUUCGCCUUGGUGGUCGCCAUCAUCAUGAUCUUCGAGAUGAUCUUCAGCAUGGUCCUGUGCUGCGGCAUCCGCAACAGUCCCGUCUACUAGUCCUAGCCGGCCGGCGUUCCUCUGCCGCAUUUAGCUUGCUGGAUUCCCGCAUGGCGGCGUUUUGGUGGCGCCCGUCCGUCUUUUAUUCCCCCGCCCGCGCUGGAGCCCACCUAACCCCGAGCCGACCUAACCCACCCACCCACGUGUAGCUACGCAACAGUAUAUCUAUCCUUUUUGAAAACACAACCCGGGUGCCCUCCUCUGGCAGAAAGUCUUUGCCGUUUGAAACCCGACUUUGCCUUUGACGCACAAUUGUACAAGCGAGUGCUGCUUGGGGAUCGCUCCUUCUUUCCUUCCCUCACCGUUCUUGAGGCUUGAGUUCUUGAGACAGAACAUGGGUUUCACCAAAAACACCAGUUUGGGACCAAUAAGCGGAGAAAAGGAGCAAGCCAUUUAGCUCGAGAUUUUACUUUUGGAUAAUCUGACAACGAUUUGCGCGUCCCCAGUUGAGGAGGGCACAUGGGUUGUUGAUAACAUGCUGAAGUUGUUUUUUGUCCCUCCCCCCACUGUUGGAUGUAUAAACUGUGUGUAAAUAUAUAUAUAUAUAUAUAUAUAUAGAUAGAUAUUAACCGUGCUUUUUGAGCGCAUGGAUGUAACCGCGCACUGCCGUAUGUUGGCGCUUUGUCCGCCACGGUCACUCGCUUCCUGUCUCACUUUAUGGGAUAGCUGGAACCAAAGUCUGGAUGCUGUCCACCGCCGUUUACAUGCGUUAAAAAAUUGGAAAAUAACAAAAAAAUCAAAAACGACGCUCUUAAAAUGACAAAGUCGAUGGGUGCAAGCGUCAGGCACGGGUGUCCAAAAACCUUUUGUAGUUCCAAAAAGAAAGUUGAUCAGAAUUCCCCAAAGAAAAUAGUAACUCCAUUCUUUUUCUUUGAACGACACUAACUUGCCUGCAAAAUGAAAACAAAACAACAUUUGUACUUUGUCGGCCAUAACAAUAAAUUGGAUGUUCUUUAAACAAGCGGCAAAAUGCCUACGACGUACUGAGAAGUCAAAGUAGUCCAUUUUUUCUUGCACAAUAUUUCUGCCCGGCCCGCCAGGUAGCAUUUUGAAAAAUAGGAAGUCAACGUUCAAAAUGAUUGUUUUUACAAUUACGCCUAGCUAGCGCCUCAUUUGAAAAGUUGUGUCUGCCAGAUGUUUUGUAAAGUAGACAAAGGUUCCGAAUAAAAACAAACGUCAAGAGCAAAAACGUUGCAAUUUGGACCGGACUUUCCGCCACAUCUUUUUUGCAAUUAUAAAAGAGAAAGACACAAAGUCCAAACGAUGACAAAUGUUCAUUUCUGCUCGUCGUGGCGUACGUCUCUAGCACGUUGAGCAAAAGUGCAACUUUUUUGAAUCCAAACAAAAAAGUGCUAAUGUGAUGAAACGUCACCUUUACAAAAUCCCUUUGGAAAAUACUGCCACAAGAUGAUGAUGAUGAUCUUUUUUUUGCUCAGCGAUAAGACCAAACAAUCGGCUUGACAAAACCAAACACCCGCAUGCAUCGCUGUUACACUGAAGAAAAAGAUUUCAAAAGGUCGUCGGUUGCUGACUGCUGUAAGAUAUUUGCUAAGCGUACCGUAACCGCUGUUUGCCCUUUUUCUUUUUUUCCUUUCUCUCUUUCAAACGCUUGGCCAGCCAACACCGCCCACAUUGUGUAAAAGUGGUGAAAUGUUUUUCCAUGCGAUGAAGGAUUACACUGAAAAGAAAAGAGCAAAGUUACCGUGACGUCAAGUGGGGAUGUGUUUUGUUUUGUUUUGUGCAUCGCUAUAUUAGCUGCAACGCAUGUUGCCCUUUGGAUGCCCCUGCCUGAAAGUUGACAUUUAAACAUAUUGGGCGAAUGCAAAUGCUCUCAUCGACGUGUUAGAAAGCCAUGCCAUCAUCGCUAAUGUUGCUCACCGGUCGGUUCCGUCCGCCACCCUUAAUGAACCGAGCCAAGCCGAGCCGCCGACCAAGCGGACCACGGCCACGUCCUCCUCCUCAGUGUCUCGUCGUCGUCGUUGUUCUCGUAUUUCCACUCCAACGUACUAAUUAGCAGAGGCCUCGUUUUUCCAUUGUCUGGUACGUCAUGAAGGAAAGGGUGAGGCUGUGGGCGGGGCCACUAGGGUCUCUGCUCUCUGAUUGGCUGCCGCCAGCCCACAGAUCCCCUCCCACUGCCGACCCGCUCCUGUUUGCCCGAGUAUAUGAGGGAUUAAAUGUCUUUUACAGAGAAA